ACCUAUUGAAACCCAACAUCAAAGCAAACCAAAAACAACAACUCAAAAACGAUGUCGUUGGUAACUGAAGAAAUCAAGUCGAAAUCAGAGGUAUUCCAUGGCGACCAAAUCUGUCAACAAAAAUCCAAAGAGCUUCUCAAAGAAAUCGCUCUCCCCAACGGUCUAUUACCACUGAAAGACAUCACUGAAGUUGGUUACAACAGAGAAACAGGUUUUGUUUGGCUGAAACAGAAGAAAAGCACAACACACAAGUUUGAAAAGAUUGGGAAAGUUACAUCUUAUGCUACUGAAGUUACUGCUCAUGUUGAAAAAGGUAAGAUUAAGAAACUGAGUGGUGUGAAAACCAAAGAGCUUUUCAUUUGGAUUUCACUUAGUGAUAUUUAUGUUGAUGAUCCACCAACUGGGAAAAUCACUUUUCAAACUCCUGCUGGACUUUCUAGAACCUUCCCAGUUUCUGCUUUUGAAGUUGAAGAGAAAGUAAGUGGUGUUAAAGAGGUUUAGUUUUAGAUCUCUCUAUUGAUGCAUGUGAUGUGUUGCUGUUGAAAUUUCAAAGCUUGCUUAUUAGUGCUAUUAAAUGGUGUAUUAAACAUCAUCUAUUGUUAAUUUCCAGUUGAAAUUAAAAUGAAAUUAAUUCUAAGUUAUGUUA